AUGCAAGUGUUCCAGGACCUGGGUGUGUCGGUGCUGUCUGGAGCCUCAGAGGGCUACAAUGUUUGUCUAUUUGCCUACGGACAAACAGGAUCUGGAAAGACGUACACCAUGAUGGGGACACCGGACUCCAUUGGCUUGACUCCUCGGAUCUGUCAGGGUCUCUUUAGGUCUGAAGACACUUUUUCUGAUGAGCAAAACUCCAGCAGAGUGGAGAUCAGCUUCCUGGAGAUCUACAAUGAGCGUGUGCGAGACCUGCUCAGAGGAGGAGAGCAGAAGAAGAGAGCCUCCCUGAGAGUUAGAGAACAUCCUGAGAAAGGACCCUAUGUACAAGACCUGUCCCAGCACCUGGUCUCAGACAGCAAACAGGCCAUGGACCUUUUGGAGGAAGGCAUCGCCAACCGAAUCACCGCAGCAACUCACAACCACGAUGCCAGCAGCAGAUCCCACGCCAUCUUCACCAUCCAGUACACACAGGCAAUCCUAGAAAAUAACCUUCCUUCAGAAACUGUCAGCAAGAUUAACCUGGUGGACUUGGCUGGGAGUGAGCGAGCAGACCCCCACUACUGCAGGGACAGACUGACAGAGGGCUCUAACAUCAACAAGUCGCUCGUCACUUUGGGCAUCGUCAUUUCAGCUCUUGCCCAGAACUCCCAGAUGUCCAGCAGCUGUCAGAGUAUCAACAGCAUGGCCUCUGAGGGCGAUGGCAGCACGGCAGGAAGCCACAGCAGCUCACUGUCUGGAGGAGGAGGAGGAGGAGGAGGUGGAGGGAGGAGGCACUGCUUCAUCCCCUACAGAGACUCAGUCCUAACCUGGCUGCUAAAAGACAGCCUGGGCGGCAACUCCAAGACCAUCAUGAUUGCUACUGUCUCGCCCUCCGCUAACAGUUACAACGAGACCCUCAGCACCCUGCGCUAUGCCGCCCAUGCCAAAAAUAUUGUCAACAAGCCUCGGGUUAAUGAGGAUGCCAGUGUUCGACUGAUCCGGGAACUGAGAGAGGAGAUUGACAGGCUGAAGAGCAUGCUGCUCAGCUUUGAAAUGCAGCGUAAUCCCAGUCCGUCACUGAGCGAUGAGAGGGAUGGACUUCUAUCUGACAUUGUGCUACAGAACGAACUAAAGGUGGAGCAGCUGACGAAGGACUGGUCGGAGAGCUGGAGAGACAAGAAGGAGCUGCUGGAGCAGUACAGUGUGGACAUCAACCGAGACCGGGCCGGAUUCCUCAUCAACUCCCUCCAACCACACCUGGUUACCCUCGAUGGAGAUGUUCUCAGCACCGGGGUCGUCUUCUAUCACCUCAGGGAAGGAGUUACCCACAUAGGACCGCAGAAACAGUUUGAAGAACCACAAAUAGUUCUGCAGAGCAGUGCCAGCUGUGAGAUUGAAAACCACAGAGGUGUGGUAACGCUCAGACCGCUGCCGGGCUGCGUCUGCUUGCUAAACGACCGAGAAGUCACUGAGCCCUGCAGACUAGCUCAAGGGACGGUGAUCACAUUGGGAGGAGUGCAUAAGUUCCGCUUCAACCACCCAGCCGAGGCAGCCGUCCUCCGGGAACGCAGACGGGCCAGUGAAGGUGGCAUGGCCUGCACCUACAUCGACCUUUGCCCCUUGACCCCUGACCACAGUGUCGAGGAUGUGAAGCUCCAAGGCCAGCUGGGUGCCUGUCUCUCCCCCAGUGAGGAGCCUACUGCGAGGCAGCGUAUGGAGGAGCAGCAGCGCUACGUGGAGAGUUUGCGACAGGAGAUUCAGGCUGAACAAAGGAGGGCUGAGAGAGAGCUGGAGAGGGAGCAGGCCCACCUCCGACAGCAGCACAGUGAGAUCCAGCAGUGGAUCUUGCAGGAGAAACAGCGCCUAACAACUGUAGAGCGGAGAAUCACCCAAGAGUCUGGAGUACAGACAGACCUUAUGCCCUUAACCUUCCUGGAGCAAGGGGCAAGUCAGGCAUCUGAGGAUCAAGAAGGUCAGACAGUGGAUCAACCAUCCCAGGUGAUUAGGGCCCGGAAGAAGGCGGUGCAAGAGGAGCUACUAAAGCAUCACGCCCUUUGUCGUUCCGAGAGCCGCAUCCGUCGGAAAAAGUUGCACUACCAGCUGGAGAGAAUCGCCCGCAAGAGGCAUCUGUUAGAAGCUAAGAGGGAGUUGCAGCAUCUGGAAAGGGCCCUGCCUCCAGGACCAGACAGCCCUGAGUCUCCUGAGCUGGGCUCCCCAACAAAGCUCAGAGAAAGAUCGUUUGUUUCUCGUAGACACUCGUUCUCGGCAGAUCUUCUGUCCCGGCUCUACCCACAGAACACCCCUAUCUACAGACACUUUCUCAAGAGAAACAGAUCCACAGAACGGACGUCAAAUUCCUUCACAACCUCUGAUUCCAUUGGCAGCAGGAAGUGGGUUUCAGAUGAGUGUCUUCCUCGAGAAAGAACCCAGAGUUGUUCUGGUUCGCUCUUCUCAGGACGAAGUCAAGCCAGCCGGAAAAGAGUAAACUCCUCUGAAAACCUCAGAGCAACUGCCAAAGACGAGCCCCAAGCUCAGCCCUUCCGGGAACGACCAGAAAGAAAACCUCUGCUGCCAAACCGAGAACUGUCUUUUAAGAACAGAUCGGAUCAGAACUCAACAGUUACUCUAAAGUCACCACUUGGAAUUAUUCUGCAGCCAGUCUGCAAAGAAAAUAUACAAGGUCCCAUAACUUGCAAAACCAGUUCUCAGAUUGUCCCUUGCAUGAAUGAGAUAAAUCAACCCCAUGCAGGAAACAAUGGACUGGAAACCAUUGUAAAGACUUUAUCUUGUUCUGUUGGGCCCAGGUUAAAAACGGCUCUGUCCAAAGUGUUCAGGAAACCACCAGCAAUUGUGAAUGGAGCACGAAACCCCAAACCUCCAGGGAGGAUUGCAAGCAAACUUCACUGGCGACGAAAAAGAGACAGGUGCCUUAAAGAUACCCAGACGAGCCGAAGCAAAUGUGUUGUUAAAACGGCGGUCUCAUGUGAGGAGCUUGACCAAAGGACGGCGUUUGAGGACGUUAAACAGAAGCGGUGGCAUAGUACUGAGGCUCUGAUGAGCAAGACCAGCAGAUGGGUCGAGAGACAGCAAGGAAUGAUGGGAUGGGAGGAAGAGCAAGAGGACAGAGAUGAGGUUGCGUCAGACUGCGAGAGCCUUUUCUCUCUUGACUCGCUGUCCUCCGCCUAUGUGACAGCCCUCGCAGAGCAGCUGAGACACGAGGAAGCAGCUCAGAGUGAAGCAGAGAGCGAAGACAGUCAGAUGUCUAAAGAUUCCUUGGCUGUGGAGAGCAGUGGGAAAUACUCAACAGUGGUGCCAGCUUACUCAUUGUUGACAGAAUGCUCCCAUUCAUCCAUGCAGCACAAUAGAACAGCAGAGAUCAGUUUAGAGCGGGACAGCAGUCAGAAACCUCAGGUAAUCCCAGCUGAGGUGUACCGGAGCCAGCAAAGCUCCCCAAAAUCAACACGCAGUGUUGCCACAAGGAGGCCUCCUUCCCACAAGUCUUUAGUAGCAGAUUCCAGAGGCAGAGACAGUGUACACAAAUUGAUUGAGGACUUUGGGAACAUGCAGACCCCUUCAACCAUCAGCCCACGCUCCCUGAGCAGCUGCAGUGUGAGGGAGCCAGACAACAUGCUGGCACUCACCGAUGCCUGGUCCUCCACUGACGCAGCAGACAGUCCCAGGAUUCAAAGGGAUUCUCUGCCUUUGCAAAGAAAAAUGAUGUUCAGAGGUGUAGAGAGCAGCAACAGCAGUCCCAGUCCAAUCAGUAUGAACCUCUCGGACUGUCAGAGUGGACCUACAAGCUGUAGCUCAACAUCCACCAGCACUGAGGGUGUAAAUGUAACCGUGCUGGAACACAGUCAUGAAAUUUUAAGGGGCACAUCAGAAAUAUUAGAUUCUCAGAUUCUAGCAACACCAGAGGAAGCCCUGAAGCACGUAGGACGUACGGGGAAAGCAGUUAUGGAUACUCCAGACUGCAGCAUCAAAAGUCCAGCACUCUUACUGACCUUAGAACCUCAAACCACUUGUGUGUCACCCACAGAGAUCCACUACAAUAAGCAACAAGCAUCAGAACUAAAACUGCUUAAGGUGUUAACAGAUGUACCUGACAUGGUGGUCGCUCACACUACAAUGUCCUCUGACACUAAUAUGUGUACGUCAAGUCCUACUAACCAAGGUCAAGUGUUGAAUAAGAUGUCUGACCCUGCAAGUGGCUUUAAACCAUCCACUGAAGAUGAAGUACUAUGCAGUAUAGAUGGUGCAACUGAAAAGUUGAAAAAUAUUCAUCAAUAUGAGCUUGGGAACGGCAAACAUUUAUCUUCUACAACUGACAAAAUGUUUGAUGAGGCGGAAACCAAAGAAGCUCUGACUGAGCAGUAUAUUGCACUACAGCAGCCUGGGCUUGUUAAAUCAUCUUGUAAAAAUUCCAGGAAGAGGAACAAAGACCAACAGGAUGCUUUCAUGGGCAGCCUGAAAAUUCCAAAAAGGAGCAACGGCAGUGAUUUGGUAACUCUCUGCUCUGCACCAGUGGACAAUCAGGAAGAUUUUUGGCCUGAUGACAAUAAUAACACUAGUGAUUCAAUAGGGGAACAAUCUGCCGUGGAAACUGACAGCUCCGGAGUUGAUUACGUUUGUGUUGAUGCCAGCAUAAGACAGGACACAGUGGCUUCAGAGGCGUCGCCAGUUUCUGAUCCCAUGAGCAAAAAACUUGGACAGAUCUUUGAGGACUCUAAAUCUGGUGACAAUAGUCCUCAGAUUGGUACCUCUGGGGGAGAGCGGAAAGUAGUUGAAAAGGGUGAUGUAACAAUAAAGGAAGUAGCUGUUGAAACAAAAAGGGGGAAUCACAAAUUGAUGAACCCAGAAAAAAACAAGAAAGUAGAAAACACAUGUGCAAGUCAGAUGCUAUUUGUAGCGCCAUUGACCUAAGAAUC